AUGACCUCCUCGACGAACCAUCAAUCAUCCGGCGUCAUGGCGUCUGCCGCCCGGCAGAGUCGCUUUACGAACUACACCAUGUCGAACGCAGGCGAUAAGGCUGGUCAGACUCUGGGAGGUGGGAUAUCCUACCAGGGACCUGACUGGAAGCGCCAGAACAUUUGGAGCAGUAACCUAGGCUCCUUCCCCAAGUCGCAGCCCCCUACCUCUCGUGGAAACGAUGAAAACGGGCAAACUGGGGCUGGCGCCCUUGCAGCGAAGUCAGACGUUGAUUCUUGGUCAAGGAGAGGCCCUUGGGAGACUGCUGAUAACUCACAAAGAAAGAGUUCUGGGGCUACUUCGCCUACUCGCACACGGGACAGCUUUAACGAUAUCCAUGCGUCCAGCGGCUUCACGAACAGCCGGCCUCCGAUAAACCACGGCCCCGGCUUCAGCUUGAAUCGUCAAAGACAAUCUGCCUUCGAAACGACGUCAAAUGCCUUCCGAUACACCUCGAUGACAUCCGAUGAGACCGAAAGCCCAUCCGGCUAUCCCCUCAGCACUGGCUUCGGUGUUGACUCCAAGCCACUCAACAUGCGAACCGAUUCUCGUAACGGAUACGCUGGAGGGCAAGCUGGGACCACCGAUGCGCUGCAAGGCUACGAAAACGCUUAUUCAGCGCACGUGUCUGGGAUGGCUCACCCGGGCCGACCCCAGCCGCACUCAUCUUCUUCCUUCCCGGCACAGUCAGGCCCCACGCGCGCAUAUAGCGCAACGCAGCUUGACCAGCAAGACCUACACGAGACCUUCAAGAGGAGUGUGACGAUCAACGAUGCUUCAGACACGGCCACGUCCAACUUUCAAUCCGCUCGAUCCUUCCAGUUCAACCCGGGUUCUCAACCCUGGGACUCGAACGGAGUAACAGCCUUCAAGCCCGGCCAUAAUGGCUUCAGCAUCCCCGAGGCACACCAGGAAGGCAUCAUGUCUGACUAUUCAAACGGCAAGCGAGGGAGUAUACCCGACCGCAACUCUCCAGGCUUGAACAUGAGGACCAACCUGGCAAGCCCGAGGCAUAUGAGUGAGGCAUCCAUCAUUUCCAAUGGCUGGGGCAGUAGGCCGGCGUCUAGGGAUCCUAGGAAUGGUCUGGAGAACGAGCGGCGCGGCUCGACAAACAGCUACAUAUCAUCCACCCACUCGCACGCGAUUCAUCUCCCAGGGCAGCAACAGCCAGCCUUUUACCCGCCACACCCAUACUACGCACAAACUAUCCCCUCGGCUUAUCCUACCCAGCUGUACGAUCAAUACGGCAAUGGUUUCCGGGCACCUGUGCCGUUUCCUCAGUUUGGCUUGCCCUACAGUCCCUAUGGUCAUACGGGCCUGCCGAUGCAUCCCCCGCACGGCCUCAAGAGUCAAGACCCCAUCAGCGGUGGCCGAAGUCGUUUGUUGGACGAGUUUCGCGCCACCUCCAAGUCAGCAAAGAAAUAUGAACUCAAGGACAUUUACAACUAUGUGGUCGAGUUCAGUGGUGAUCAGCACGGAUCUCGAUUUAUCCAGUCAAAGCUGGAGACCGCCAACAGCGACGAGAAGGACCAGAUUUUCAAGGAGCUGGAGCCAAAUGCUGUACAGCUGAUGAAGGAUGUCUUCGGCAAUUACGUCAUCCAAAAGUUUUUUGAGCACGGCAACCAGGUACAAAAGAAGGCUCUAGCGUCUCAGAUGAAGGGGAAAAUGGUUAGCCUCUCCACUGAGAUGUAUGCCUGCCGGGUUGUUCAAAAGGCCUUGGAGCAUGUUCUCGUCGAGCAGCAGGCUGAGCUUGUCAAGGAGCUAGAGGUCGACAUUGUCAAGAUCAUUAAGGAUGCCAACGGCAACCAUGUGGUACAGAAGAUAAUCGAACUGGUCCCUCGCCAGUAUAUCAGCUUUGUUAUGGAUUCCAUUAGGGGCCAGGUCAUCCAGCUUUCGCAGCACAACUAUGGCUGCCGUGUCAUUCAACGGAUGAUGGAGCAUGGGUCCGAUGCGGACAAGGCUACCAUCAUGCAUGAGCUUCACCAGCACGCUCCCAUGCUAACGACGGAUCCUUACGGCAACUAUGUGAUCCAGCACAUCAUUACCCACGGGAAGCCCGAAGACCGGCAGAAGAUCAUCUCAAUCGUCCUCGGCCAGAUUGUGCUACUUUCUAAGAACAAGUUGGCCUCGAACGUCGUGGAAAGAUGCAUCGUCAGCGGCACGGCUGAAGACCGCACCGCGAUCCGCAAGAUCAUCACAACUCCGGGACCAGAUGGCACCAGUCCUCUCCAGCUCAUGAUGAAGGAUCAAUAUGCAAACUACGUAGUCCAAAAACUGCUCGAAAAACUCAACGGAGCUGAAAGGCAGGCAUUUGUUGAGGAGAUGAAGCCACAGUUCAAUUCGCUCAAGAAGGUUAGCAAUGGCCGGCAGAUUGCUGCCAUAGAUCGCUUGAUGUCUGCCGUCGGUAGCGGAGCGGGAUCUGGUGCCGCGGCGGGCCUUCAGGUCGAUGUUAACUCUGCUGCCCCUACACCAAACUUGACGAUGGAGCCGAACACACCCCAAAGCACUAGCCCUCCCAGUACAGACUCGAGCUCUAAUGACGGCGUUACGUCUGACGAGUCGAACGGGGGUGCCGAAAAGAUCGACUCGGCCACCGCGGAAGCCUGCCCCCAGGUCCGUAUCGACGAGGCAUGA